CGGAAAGCUGCCUAUAUUAUCUGACAAAUUUAGUUUGGCAGCUUUGGUCGUUUUUCAUUUGUUUCUCGGACAAGGAAAAAGAAGCAUCACACGUCACAACUAUCUAGCAACAUGGCAGACGGUGUCAACGAAGCUAUUGGAAAGAUUGUCGAGAAUUUGACAGAAAAUGCGAGUAACAGCACUGAAAAAGUCCCGGCGACACCUGAAGGAAUGGCUGUCGCGUAUGGAAGCCUGGUUGUAAUGGCAUUGUUUCCAAUUUUCUUCGGUUCUGUUCGAUCAGUGCAACACCAUAAGGAGCAGAAGAAAUCUGGUGAGAAGCCAGACACAAUGACACAGAAGGAUGCAGCCUUGUUCCCGCUCAUAGCUAGUGCUGCCCUGUUUGGGCUCUACAUCUUCUUCCAGAUAUUCUCCAAAGAGUACAUAAAUUUAUUGCUCACAGGAUACUUUUUCUUCCUGGGUGUUCUAGCCCUGUGUCAUCUCAUUAGCCCGGUGAUAAGCUCGCUGGUGCCGGCCGCCAUCCCCAACAUCCCCUUCCACCUGCACUUCAAGCAGGGCGGGCCGGAGGGCGAGGCCGACCUCAUCAACUACCGCUUCACCUCGCACGACGUGGUGUGCCUGGUGUUCUGCUCCGUCGUCGGGGCCUGGUACCUGCUCAAGAAGCACUGGAUCGCCAACAACUUGUUCGGCAUGGCGUUCGCGAUCAACGGCGUGGAGCUCCUCCACCUCAACAACGUGGUCACCGGCUGCAUCCUGCUGUGCGGCCUGUUCGUCUACGACAUCUUCUGGGUGUUCGGGACGAACGUGAUGGUGACCGUGGCCAAGUCGUUCGAGGCGCCCAUCAAGCUUGUGUUCCCCCAGGACCUCCUAGAGCGCGGCCUGUCUGCGAGCAACUUCGCGAUGCUUGGCCUGGGGGAUAUUGUCAUCCCAGGAAUAUUCAUUGCGCUUCUCUUGAGGUUUGAUGAAAGCCUGAAGAGGAAGUCCAACACGUACUUCAACGUGACGUUCGCGGCCUACUUCCUGGGCCUGAUGGCCACCAUCUUCGUGAUGCACGUGUUCAAGCACGCGCAGCCGGCGCUGCUGUACCUGGUGCCGGCCUGCCUGGGCGCCCCCUUCGCCCUCGCCCUGCUCAAGGGAGACAUCAAGGCCCUCUUCCAGUAUGAAGACCAUCCUUCAGACAAAAAUGAGUCUGAAACAGAAGUGAAAACAGAAGCAAAGAAAGAUAAAUAAUUUUGACUCAGUUUCCAAAGUGUUUUAUGCACGGGUAAAUGUGACGACAGUUCAUUCAAUUUGUUCCAGCCAUAUGUUUUAGCCACACAUUAUUUCCGAAAUCCCGAUUUUAUCAUUAACUUGUUUGUGUGUGUUUUUUUUGUUGUUUUUUUUUUCUAAAGAAAUCUUGUAAUUUUUACUGAAGUUUUUGUUAUUUUUCGCAGGGGCUGUUUUGUAUGUGUCUUGCAUUUAAUUCAAAACUACAUAAGUGGGUAGUUUUGAUUCUAGACAAAUAUUUAAAAAAAAUGUUCUAUAUAAUUCUAAAAAAGAUAUUUUAUUUUUAGUGGCUGCAGAGUACCUGUUUUCCAAACUCGUAAAUAAAUUAAACCUGUUUUUUUUUUUUUUUUUUUUUUAAAAAGUAAAUGAUUUAGAAUAAUUUCUGUGUUUUUUCUUUUUUUUAAAACAAUGCUUCCAAGGACUGUGGUGGGUUUCUGUGUAAGUCAAGACAAUUAAUGCUUUUGUUUAGUUAAUUUUUUUAUGCUAUAAAGACUGACCCAUACUAAUUUUUUUUUUUUUAUUAAAUCCUUGUGCUUACCAAUGGUUUCAGCAGACAGUUAAAUUUAAAAUAAAAUAAGUUAAAUGCUUAUGUAAAGAAUAAACAUUCAAAUGAGGUUCUAUUGGAAGAAUACAUUAUGUGAACAUCUUUAGUGUUGGUAAACACUAUAGUUUUUGAUCUUCCAAAUGAUUUUAGAGUUGACCAUGAAAAUGAUACGUCCUGUUCUGGGUAUUUUCAUUGAUGCAAAUGCAUUUUGAUAUUUAUUUAUACGUCCAGUAGUUUAAUGUUCCAUUUGUGUGAAAUCUGUAUGGCAUAUUGUGGUAUAUCUGACAGUUUUAGCCACAGGAAGUACCGUGACUUUUGGAGUUAUGGCUCCUAGCAUGAUACUAGGUUUUUUUUUCUCACAGUCUGUGUGCUGUACAUUGCAAAGGGGAAUUUGAAGGUACAUAGGGUUUAUUUAACAACGUUUUGUACUGGAGAAAUUAGAGACAAAUUAAUAUUUGAUAAGAGAUAGACUGUGUGACGAAUCGUUAGAAACUGAACUGGUUUUGGCCAAGUUCAAAAUAAUUUUUUGGAAGUUUAUAUGGAUGUUUAAGUUUUUAAAAUUUCUGUGAACGUGCUUUCAUUGACCAGUAAUGUAACAUACCUAAAACACAAAAAUAAAAAUAAUCAGUUUUGAUGCUAUUAGCAGAAAGUACUUAAUUACAGCUGUUGUUGCCUUGAAACUGAAUGGUAUGAUUGAUACUUAUUAUGUGAGAAGUUAUUAGUGAUGAAUAUUGAUGAAGGUGUAACUUUUUAAUUAGUAUCGGAUACAUAUAUUCUUGCGUAAAUAAUAAUAAAAUGUCUCAGAAAAGUUUUUUUUUUUUUGGUCACUAAAAAUUAGUUGAGAAUGAAUAUGUGUUUCUGGACAAAUUUGUAAAGAUAAUGAUGAAAUGCACAAAAAGCAAAAGGUAUAAAUAGUUUGGUUGAUUUAACGCACACAUCGGGGCAGUGGACAUAAGCUUGCCGUAUGAAUGCACAAUACGUAUAUAUUUCUUGUACUAAUUUUCUGUUAGUAGUGUCUGAGUAGUUGUUGCUAAUGUUUGCUUGAAAUUUAUGUAUAAGUGGAUUGUAUUUGCUGUAUAUUCUCAAAUGGUUCUGGGUUUUCUUGCUUUCAAAUUUAUUUAUGGGUGUUCUAUAUGUUUCUUCAUCUGUUCUUUACUGUUGUAGUCUUAGUAGAUGUGAAUAUUUUUAUCUUGUAAUAUUAUUUUUUUACAAAGUUUACAAGUAAUGCUGUACAUUAUGUUUAAAAAAGAUUCAAUAUAUAUGUUAGCUGUAACAUUAGAUAAUGGAUGAUAAAUAAAUUUUUUUAAUGAUUGAAA